GCGGCGCGCAUUCCACUCCUCCACUUCCUCCAAGCUCGAGCACGACACUCGAUCGCGGCUUAACUGUCUCCGGUCCAGCACGCCGUACCAGGUGGCACGCAGCGGCAGCGCGAGCGCGAUGGCGGACUGCAUGCAGGAGUGGCCGGAGCCGAUCGUGCGCGUGCAGGCGGUCGCCGAGAGCGGCCUGGCCGCCAUCCCGGGCUGCUACGUCAAGCCGCCGCGCGACCGCCCGGCGCAGCAGCACCUGGCCGCCGCCGCCAACGCCCUCCGCGAGCCCUCCGACGACAGCAUUCCGGUCAUCGACCUCGGCGAGCUCCUCGCGGCCGGCGACGGCCGCAUCGACGGCCUGAUCACCGAGGCCGUGGCGGCGGCGUGCCGGGACUGGGGGUUCUUCCAGGUGGUGAACCACGGGGUGGCGCCGGAGCUGAUGCGCGCGGUGCGGGAGGCCUGGCGCGGCUUCUUCCGGCUGCCCAUCUCGGCCAAGCAGCAGUACGCCAACCAGCCGCGGACGUACGAGGGGUACGGCAGCCGGGUGGGCGUCCAGAAGGGCGGGCCCCUCGACUGGGGGGACUACUACUUCCUCCACCUCGCGCCGGAGGCCGCCAAGAGCCCCGAUAAGUACUGGCCGACCAACCCCGCCAUCUGCAAGGAGGUGUCGGAGGAGUACGGGCGGGAGGUGACGAGGCUGUGCGAGGUGCUGAUGAAGGUGCUGUCGGCGAGCCUGGGGCUGGAGGAGGCGAGGUUCCAGGAGGCGUUCGGCGGGGCCGAGUGCGGCGCGUGCCUGCGCGCCAACUACUACCCGCGGUGCCCGCAGCCGGACCUCACGCUCGGCCUCUCGGCGCACUCCGACCCGGGCGUCCUCACCGUGCUCCUCGCCGACGAGCACGUCCGCGGCCUGCAGGUCCGCCGCGCCGACGGCGAGUGGGUCACCGUGCAGCCCGUCCGCGACGACGCCUUCAUCGUCAACGUCGGCGACCAGAUCCAGAUAUUGAGCAACUCUGUGUACAAGAGCGUGGAGCACCGGGUGAUCGUGAACGCCAAGGAGGAGCGCAUCUCCCUCGCGCUCUUCUACAACCCGAAAGGCGAUGUCCCGAUAGCUCCGGCGGCGGAGCUGGUGAGGCCGGACCGGCCGUCCCUCUACCCCCCGAUGACCUUCGACGAGUACAGGGUGUACAUAAGGAAGAACGGGCCCAGGGGCAAGGCGCAGCUGGAGGGUUUCAAGGGCCAAGCCGUCCCUGGAACUGGAAACAAAUAAUAGUCAAUUAAUUAACCGGGUCUUGCAGCGUGUAUGAUUAAUCUGAUGGCAAAUAACUCAUGCAUGUAUGAGCGCUAGCCCCUACAUAUGAUAUGUGUACGUGUGGCUAAACUGCAUGCCGACUCGUGUAGUAUGUCCUGUAUGAUAUGUGUACCCCAAUCGAAAUUAAUGGACGAUAUGCUAAGAAUAUAUGCUGAUUAUAUUGACAUCUUGUUCCCAUCUAUCACCUUCUUUCUAAAAACCGACGUCGUUCUUGCGUACAACUGAGC